CACUUCCGUUGGUCUCCUCUACAUUGAAUGUUUGAUUCUUCCAAAGCAGCAUUCUGCUCCAGCCCGCUUGAUGACGCCCGAAUUCAGCAUCUUCUUAAUUGCACUGAGGGCUGCACAUUCUCUCAAGGGUAGCUGGAUUGUGUAUGCGGCUCAUGGCCGAAGGCCUUAUCGGUCCCUUGUUCAUAUAAGUUUCGCGAAUAUCUUUUUGUUCGUGCUUCUUUUCUUCGCGGCCAAUGGACUACUGCCUCCUGUCGUUAUAACUAAUGUAGUUUUCUUGAUUGCAUUCCGGGCUUUUUUUCUUCCCACUUUAUCCUACCCAUCCUUUGACCCUCUUCCCACUCUACUUGCUCCCUCAAACACAUUUACUCAAUCAUUGGCAUCCAGUAGCGCCUUCUAAGCUUUAAAUCUUGCACAAAGAUCAAAUUCGUCCCAGACAUCCCUCUGUUCUCUUCCUCCAACAACAGCUCCGUACGGGAAUGCCGAAGUUGGCGCCAUUUCCAAGGGUUGAUCAGAAAUUGCAAACAGCAUUUUCCCGGAUAUGGCG